UAAAAGCACAAUAUAAAAUAAUUAAAUAAAUUAAUAAUAUUAAUUACAGUAAUAAUUUAAUAAUAAAUUAAAGAUAUCGAAAUUGUGAAAUGAUAGCACCGAAUCCUCAGCCCCAAGUGUCUGCUCAUUCCCGGGCAAAUUCCAGUAUCAGCCAUCACGAAGAAAUGAACGGUGUGUCAACCCCCUCAAACGUAAACGGCGCCUCAGCUCAUCUCAACCCCCAGGAUUCAACCGACAAACAGGAGGCGCCCCUCUGCGACGAUUCAACGAAAACCCCGAGACGAAUGUCCAGCUCAAUGGUGAAGUCCGUCGGUACUGAGAAUUCCGUUAACGCGGUUGAGGAUCACGCUAUCGACGAUGAAAGCGUUGACGACGAUGAGGAUGAGGAGGAGGAGGACGAGGAGGACGAUAUGGUUGGUAAUAGUAGCAAUGGUGGCGCAAGAGUAGUGGACACUGGUGUUAACGUUAUGGGAUCAAUGGGUGGUGUUGGGGUAGGGGAGCACGAAACGACGGCGCGUGGAAUAGGAACAAUGGAUAUGAGUGGUGGGGGUGGUGGUGGAGGCGGCAUGGGCGGCUACUGGAGACAGAGCAGACCCUCCAGUCCCCGCAUGCCGCCUCCUGAGCAGCCUGAGCAAAGGCCGAAGAGCCGACACGAUAGCGUCCCCAAUACAACAACUAGAUACAAUAAUCUUGGAUAUUGGAGGGCUCGACGUGUCACAUUCUACAAGAAUGGUGAUCCUUAUUUUCCAGGAGUUGAAUUCAGGUUCAAGCCAGGACGUGACAUUGGCUCGCUGGAGGCCCUCCUCGAUCGACUCUCUCUGCGUCUCGAUCUGCCGCGGGGCGCUAGACACAUUUUUUCCAUGGACGGUGACAGAAAGCUCAAUCUCGAUGAACUCGAGGACGGAGCGUCCUACGUGGUCUCCAGUUACAAGACUUUUAAGCCUGCGAGCUACGGUAAAAAGAGCAAUACAUGGUACACACCACCAGGAGGUACCGGUGGAGCAGCAAGUAGAGCUGGUGGUGGUGGCAACUGGCAGAGUCGACCAUCAGCGGUAGCGAGUCUGAGCAGGAAGGCUUCAAUAACUGACGAGGCACCCCCUCCAGGCGGUGGUAAACCCUCCUCUGGUCGGGUCAUCAGAAUCGUCAACAACCUAGAUCAUACAGUCCAGUGCCGUGUACUCCUGAAUCUGCGCACGUCGCAGCCGUUCGAGGAAGUAUUGGAGGACCUCGGUCAGGUGUUGAAGAUGAACGGGGCCAAGAGAAUGUUCACAGUAUCAGGGCAGGAGGUGCGGAGUUUUUCACAAUUGAGGAACGAUUUCGCGGAUGUAGACACAUUUUAUUUGGGUACCGGAUCGUCCAUGGGAAUUGGUAGUACGACGAUGAAUGCCACAUCGCCGGCAAGGAGAUCUAGAUCACGAGGACCAUCAACAGUGUCACUAACUGGAGCUGGGGAGGAUAUCGGGAGGCAGAGAAGAGCACGCAGCAAGAGCAGACCGCGAGCUCUUUACGCACCGGAUUCCGAGGUCGUACGAGUUAAUGAUUACAGUGUAGUUGAAGUACUACGCGAAGAGCCUGCCAAAGUAACAAUUCGCGGCCUCCGACGAUCCUUUUAUCCUCCUUCACACCUUCCCCUAGUCGACAACUCACCACCCGACAAGAAACUCCAACUGGAAUGGGUCUACGGAUAUCGAGGAACCGACACAAGGCGAAAUCUCUGGGUUCUCCCCAGCGGUGAACUUCUGUAUUAUGUCGCCGCAGUGGCUGUCCUCUUCGAUCGAGAGGAAAAUUCACAGCGUCACUACAUCGGACACACAGAGGAUAUUACCUGCAUGGAAGUUCACCCCAGUAGGGAAUUGGUGGCAUCCGGGCAAAAAGCUGGAAGACACAGAAAAGCACAGCCGCAUGUUCGCAUUUGGUCAACCGAAACCCUAUUAACUCUCUACGUUUUUGGAAUGACGGAGUUUCAAAUGGGUGUGUCAGCUCUGGCUUUUUCACAAUUAAAUGGAGGUAGCUACGUUCUCGUCGUUGAUGCUGGAAGAGAAGCGAUUUUGUCAGUUUGGCAGUGGCAAUGGGGCCAUUUACUUGGCAAAGUGGCGACACUACAAGAAGACUUGACAGGUGCAGCCUUUCAUCCUCUUGAUGACAAUCUCCUGAUAACACAUGGUCGUGGGCAUUUGACGUUUUGGAACCGUCGCAAAGAUGGAUUCUUCGAGCGGACUGACAUCAUUAAACCACCUUCUCGAACGCACGUCACCAGCAUUCAAUUCGAGCAAGAUGGUGAUGUAGUAACAGCAGAUUCCGACGGAUUCAUCACAGUUUAUUCCGUCGACGCGGACGGUGCUUAUUUUGUUCGCAUGGAGUUUGAGGCUCAUAACAAAGGCAUAAGCUCCUUAGUGAUGCUCUCAGAAGGAACUUUACUGUCUGGAGGAGAAAAAGACCGGAAGAUUGCCGCGUGGGACUCAUUACAAAAUUACAAGCGGAUUACAGAUACUAAGUUACCAGAGGCAGCUGGUGGUGUGCGGAGUAUUUACCCCCAGCGACCAGGGAGAAAUGACGGCAAUAUUUACGUGGGAACAACACGAAAUAACAUUCUCGAGGGCUCACUACAACGUAGAUUCAAUCAAGUUGUGUUUGGCCAUGGCAGACAGUUAUGGGGACUUGCUGUGCAUCCAGAUGACGAGGUCUUUGCCACAGCCGGGCACGAUAAAAAUAUCGCACUAUGGAGAAGACAUAAAUUGUUGUGGACAACGCAGGUGGGCUUCGAGUGCAUUUGCAUUGCUUUUCAUCCAUUUGGGGUGGCCCUUGCUGCUGGUUCGUCGGAAGGUCAUCUUCUUGUACUCGCAGCUGAUACUGGGGCUGCGGUUGCGACGCUCAGGGUCUGCGGGUCACCUAUAUCUUGUAUUGGAUAUAAUCCGACUGGGGAAAUAAUUGCCAUGGGAUCACAGAACGGCAGUAUCUAUCUGUUUCGUGUAUCGAGGGACGGAUUUUCCUACAAAAAGAGCAAUAAAAUUCGAGGAACUCAACCAUUGGUUCAACUUGACUGGAGUUCAGAUAGCAGAUUCCUCCAGACAGUCACUCAAGAUUACGAUCUUGUAUUUUGGGAUGUGAAGGCACUGCAGUCGGAAAAGAGUCCGAUAGUCAUGAAAGACGUCAAAUGGCAUACUCAUAACUGCACCGUUGGGUAUACGGUUUCAGGGAUGUGGAAUAACCGUUACUACCCGCUGACAACAGUACUGACAACCGCGAGUCGUUCAGCAGCUCACGAUAUGCUCGUAAGUGGCGAUGCCGAGGGUUACCUGCGUCUCUUCAGAUACCCAUGCACCAGUGCUAAAGCCGAGUACCUCGAGGAAAAAGUCUACAGUUCGCUAGUUGCAUCUGCCCGCUUCCUCUACAAUGAUCAAAACGUUGUGACCGUCGGCGGAACUGACGCGGCGCUCAUGCUCUGGGAAUUAGUCGAUGAAUAACUGUAAAAUGAAAAGUCCUAACACCGAGCCCUGGGUAGGUUUCUCUCUCUGAUUUCGGUGAAACUUAUAGAAGAUGUAGAGGACUCAAAACUAAAGGCCACACAUUGUUUCAACUGCUAACACAUGAUUUUAAAAGAAAACUAGUCUCUGAAGUUGACCAUCCCGAGAGACGAUUAUCCAAUUCCAUUUAUAGGAGUAUUUUUGCAAAAAUUCAUUCUCGUAACUAAUAGCUCAUGAAAAGUGAUGCAGACCGCAAUUAAUAGCUUGUUAGAGCGGGGCACAGGGGGGGAG